AUGCCGCGACCCAAAGUCAGACCGGAAGAUCGCCAACGGUCCUCCAAAGCAUGCCUGCCCUGCCAGGCAUCCAAGAUCCGCUGCGACUCGCAGUCGCCGUGCAUGUCGUGUGUCCGGCGUGAACGCGCUGCUGCGUGCACAUACAUCGAGUCGAACAGUAGAAGACGGUCGCACAGACAUCUUCGUGAUCGUCCGAUUAGAUUCGUGUCUCGGAUGAACCCCGAGGGCGCUGCUGCUUCUUCCACACCGACGAGGGCGUCGAGAUCAGUGGCUAAUAAUGUAAACCGCAAUGACGACGGACAAGUGAAGCCCUUGUUGGCGAAUGGGCUUCCUUCUACUUCCGUAGUAGAGUCGCCGGAAUGCACAGAGAGUCGAGUGUUAUUAAGCUCAAAGGGAGAAAGGGUGUAUAUUGGAGAAACCUCGGCCUUGUCAUUCUUACAGUUCCUACGGGGUAUCAUGAAACAAUACAUGGGACCUUCCUCGUUCACGGAGAAUGGACCUCUGAACAUCAUGCUCGAGGCUGAUGAGAACGAGGACCGAACCGUGGUGCUGGAAGAGAGUAUAGAAGACAAGCGAGAGCUGAUCCAGGCCUACUUUGAAGCCUCUAGUGGAUUCUUAGAUCUUUUUAAGAAGAGCGACAUUUACAAAGUUCUUCAAACGGAGAACUCUUCCCACAAGAAGAGACUGACCAAGGAAGACCUUGCCAUUUUGUAUCUUGUGAUUGCGAUUGGUGGCCAAUGCCGCGGAGCGAAUCCGACAGACCAUCAGUACGCCGUCAAUUACUUUUCUAGAGGCCAGCAACUAGGCUUCGACGGCAUGCUCAAGCAUCCCAGCAUACAUAUGGUGCGUAUAUUCGUUUUGAUGGCCUUUUAUAUGCUUGGAGCAUGCCACCGCAAUGCGGCAUACAUGUACCUUGGCGUUGCGUCGAAAGCAGCUGCAACGUUGGGGUUGCAUAUCAAAAGACAAUAUCAAGGGUUGUCAGAGGAAGAAUAUUAUAUCCGAUGGCGGGUGUUUCGAUCUCUCCGAGUAUUUGACCUAGUAGUCAGUACUCCGUUGGGCAGACCGGUCAGCUCACUGCCUUUGGACCACGAUGGAUCCCCUUUGCCAGAUCGUAUGCAGAACACCGAUGGAGAAGCCGUGUCUGCGGCUUUUGCCGGGUCAAAACUGCUUGAUGAAAUCGUGCAAAAGCUCAAGACUAUGGACAAUAACCUUGACAGUGAAACGGCGGAGCACUUUCUUCAUCGUCUACGCCUGUGGAUCAACAACUUGCCGCCUGAAUUCCGCCAUCUGGCCGCUGACAAUGAUACCGUCCCUCUGGUUCGAGAAAAGGCUAUUGGCAGUAUUCACGUCAGCUGCAUAUACUAUUUUGCUAUAAUACUGACGACUCGCUCGUUUUUGAUAUCGCAUUUGAUGACCCGCCUCAAAGAGUUGUCGAUAUUGACUCCUGGUCCUGCUGGUAGUCCCAGCACACAAGGAAACACCAGUACCAAAAUUCCCCAGCUUGCCAAUGUCUGUACGCAGGCAGGUGCUUAUAUGGCAAACAUGUGCGAGAAGGCCAUGCUGUCAGGCCUUCUCUUGAGAAACAUGUGUAUCGUCAAAGCAUGGGUCUUUGCCGCUGGUCUAAUCUUGGGAUCAUCUCUCUUUGUCUAUGAUGACACUGAGACUCGCGGCGAAACCGAAUCCGCCUUUCAAAGUGCCCGACAUGUACUUCGGAAUCUAGCUAAUCUAAGCCCCCAAGCAAAACACUACGAUGAAAUAUUGACUUCAUUUGCCGAGGCCAUUGUCAAGCACCGACAGCACGUUGUUUCGGAGCGGCAGAAAGCAGCGAAACAGUAUAUCGAUUGCAUUUUUGACAUUGACAUAACCCCGACAGCGGGGCGGGGAGAACGAUGUGAAAUUGAUGACGGUGAUGGCGAGGACGUGGACUAUUUCUAUCCUGUCUUUGACGAGUCAAUACCUGGGGCCGUAUUUGGUGGUCUUGACAAUUUUCCAGGAGUCGAGUCUAGCAAUCUUGAUAAUACCAGUGUUGAUCUCGAUGGGUUCAGUGGGUUUUCUUUUCAGGACGGCGCCAAUUGGUCGAUUGAUCAUGAACCUUUUGGGCUGCUGUUUGAGGGUAUGUAA